AUGAAGACCCCUCCGUCAGCUCAGAACGCCAAGCAAAAUGCUCUGGCUCUCAAGCGAUACCUUCCCCGCAAGCUCAGGGAAGCUGCCGAGGACGAGGCCGCGGUGGAGAAGGGAGUCGGACACGACCUGACCGUUUACAGCUUCGAUCGUCCCAACGGCCAAUAUGGGUACACGCCCUUCUCAAUCCAGCUGCGCCUCCGUCUCCGCCACGCCGGCAUCCAGCACAAGGACCGUGCCGCCAAUAUCUUCCAGGCUCCCAAGUACAGGGUGCCGUACGUCAAGCUCGCGGACUCGGACGAGCUCGUCGGCGAGUCGCAGUUCAUCAUCAAGCGCCUGGUGCAGACCGGCAAGCUGCCGGAUCUUAACAAGGAGCUUUCUCCCUCCGACCUCGCCAAGGAUGCCUGCAUCCGCGCCAUGCUGGAGGAUCGUGCCUACUUCCUCGUUCUGUACGAGAGAUGGCGCGGCCAGUACGAGAUGAUGUGGCACGACGGUCCCUUUGCCCACUUCGUCUGGGGCGCGAAGCAGAUCUCAACCCAGGCGGCCCGCGGCUACGUUAAUUCGCAGCUGUGGUUCCAGGGCGUCGGCCGCUACAACGACGAGGAGGUCAAGGCCUUCGCAACGGACGUCGUCAUGUCCCUCAACGGCUUCUGCGAGACGUCGCUGUCGAAGCUGAGCCUCGACUCGCGGGAGUCCCGGGAGCCCUUCUGGAUCCUGGGCGGUCAGCGCCCGUCCGAGGCCGACUUCAUCGUCUACGGCAACCUGGCCACCAUCCUGGGGACCACUGUCAACCCGGUCCAUGCCGCCCUCAUCCGCGAGAAGCCCGCGCUGGUCGAGUACGUCGGUCGCAUCCACGAGCGCUUCUUCGGCGAGUACAAGUCCCCCGUCCACUCUUGA